AAUUAACUGGUCCCAAAAUAAAAAAAAACCCAAAAUCAACGAGAUCAUCAUCGAUUCAGUCAUAAAAGCACAACACAGCAGAAGCAGUAACGUCGACACGUUUCUGUUGCCGACAGGAAAAAGUCAACACCUUAUAAGGAAAGCGCGUGAUUCGCGCAGAAAGACUUCAAUCUGGCCGGAAACGGCAGUGUCAAUCCCAUGAGCACCACCGGAAUCACGGGCAUCAUUUAUAACAAUCCACGCAAUAAUAAGACUGAAAAGCCGCUGUCGGGAAAAGUAGCACAAAAAAUGGCAUCCACUGGCGAGAUUUGGCUGCAAUGGUUCUCCUGCUGUUUCCAACAGCAGCGAUCCCCCUCACGCCGUCCCCAUCAACGCCUGCGCAUCGAUCGCUCCAUGAUCGGCAACCCUACAAACUUUGUGCAUACUGGGCACAUUGGAUCUGCCGAUGUAGAGUUAUCCGCCAACCGGCUCAAUGCGAUCUCAACCCAAAUGCAGAGCAAGGGCGGCUACGAAACAAACUCGAUACAUUCGCUGCAUGCCUGCUGAUGAAGGAACUUUUCUACAACAUGGCUACCAAAUGCAUUUUGUGCAAUUUUCUUAAACAAAAACGACGAGAACAACAACAACUACAUCAACAAGAACCAUAUUCAUAAUUCUUUGUUAAACGCGAGCGUGUUAUCAGGGUGACUAAAAGAGAAAAAUGCAUAUAGAGUAGCAGAAGGUAUUGGGGCAAAGGCGGGGACGUGAGGAGAGGGGAAACAGCAUUUAUGGGAGCCACACACCAACCACAACAGUAAAUGUGAAUUGUGAAUAAUAUAAGCGGACAAUGGACUCCAUGUGAGUUUGCAUGUCAGAGUGUGUGUGUGUGCGGGUGUGUGUGUGUAUGCGUGCCUGAGUAUGAAUGUAUUUGUGCUACUAAUCAAAAGAGAGAUGAAAUUCGAAUUCGGCCUGUAUUAAUACAUGACAUGUGUAGCCAAACUUCAGAAGCAUUUGUGAGUAUUAUAUAGAUGAAAAAUCGCAAAAGAUGACUGCAGAUCGUCAUACAUUGUAUAUGCAUACAGAGAACGAGCGAACCUGUUGUGAAUCAGUUAGUCAGUCAGUCAUGUACUUAAUGCAAUCAGAUAACAUUGAUGAUUAAACCCCAAAUAUUAUAUCGAAUUGCACAAACAACAAAAAUUUUAGAGAACAGAACUGCCUUACUACGCAUUUUCUCACCCUCCACACACAUCUAAUAAAUCCGAUCCACAUACAUAACACAUGUACUAUAUAUGUACAUACAUGUAUGUGAAUAUAUCGUAUGUAUGUACGUCUACCUAGAAAAGCAAUUUUACAGAGCUGAUUUAGCAUUUAUAGAGUGUUAUUUAAGAAUUGACAACAAAUUGUCGCACAAUCAUUUUUUCAAAGAUAUGACUAAACCCGUCAAAGUGAAUAAUUUAAUUGUUUACGAGAACAGUAUGCAAUAACUUCAUUUUUAGAUGCGUAUACAUAAUAACAUAUAUUUAUAGAACCCAAAACCAAUAAAAAAUGCAAAUGUAGAA